AUGGCCGCCAGCUCCUCUCUCGACCAUUUGAGCAACCGUAUGAAGCUGGAGUGGCACUCCAAGCUGAACACGGAGAUGGUCCCGGCGAAGAACUUUCGUCGCACCUCCAUCAUCGGAACCAUUGGUCCCAAGACGAACUCGGUGGAGAAGAUCAACCUCCUCCGCAGAUCUGGUCUUAACGUUGUUCGCAUGAACUUCUCCCACGGCUCGUACGAGUACCACCAAUCCGUUAUCGAUAACUCCCGCGAGGCCGCUCGCGUCCAGACCGGUCGUCCUCUCGCCAUUGCCCUCGACACCAAAGGACCUGAGAUCCGUACCGGAAACACCACCGACGACCAGGACAUUCCCAUCAAGGAGGGCCACGAGCUGAACAUCACCACUGAUGACCAAUAUGCCACCGCCAGCGACGACAAGAACAUGUACCUUGACUACAAGAACAUCACCAAGGUCAUCUCUCCCGGCAAGCUGAUCUAUGUCGACGAUGGUAUCCUCUCGUUCGAGGUUCUGGAGGUCGUUGAUGACAAGACCCUGCGCGUCAAGUGUCUGAACAACGGCAACAUCUCUUCCCGCAAGGGUGUCAACCUGCCCGGCACUGACGUUGACCUUCCCGCUCUCUCCGAGAAGGAUGUCAGUGAUCUUAAGUUCGGUGUGAAGAACAACGUCGACAUGGUCUUCGCCUCGUUUAUCCGUCGCGGAAGCGACAUCCGUCACAUCCGUGAGGUUCUCGGUGAGGAGGGUCGCGAGAUCCAGAUCAUCGCCAAGAUCGAGAACCAGCAGGGUGUCAACAACUUCGACGAGAUCCUCGAGGAGACCGACGGUGUCAUGGUUGCCCGUGGUGACCUGGGUAUCGAGAUCCCCGCCCCCAAGGUCUUCAUCGCCCAGAAGAUGAUGAUCGCCAAGUGCAACAUCAAGGGUAAGCCCGUUAUCUGUGCCACCCAGAUGCUGGAGUCCAUGACUGUCAACCCUCGUCCUACCCGUGCCGAGGUGUCUGAUGUCGCCAACGCCGUUCUUGACGGUGCCGACUGUGUCAUGUUGUCGGGAGAGACCGCCAAGGGGUCGUACCCCUCCGAGGCCGUCAAGAUGAUGAGCGAGACUUGCUUGCUUGCCGAGGUCGCCAUCCCCCACUUCAACGUCUUCGACGAGCUGCGCAACCUUGCUCCUCGUCCCACUUGCACCGUGGAGUCCAUCGCCAUGGCUGCCGUCAGCGCCAGUCUGGAACUGAACGCCGGUGCCAUUGUUGUGUUGACCACCAGCGGUAACACCGCCCGUCUCCUUUCCAAGUACCGCCCCGUGUGCCCCAUCCUGAUGGUUUCCCGUAACCCCCGUGCCACUCGCUACUCUCACCUGUACCGUGGCGUCUGGCCCUUCCUCUUCCCCGAGAAGAAGCCCGACUUCAACGUCAAGAUCUGGCAGGAGGACGUUGACCGUCGUCUGAAGUGGGGUAUCUCCCACGGUCUCAAGCUCGGCAUCAUCAACAAGGGCGACAACAUUGUUUGCGUCCAGGGCUGGCGUGGUGGCCAGGGCCACACCAACACCGUCCGUGUGGUGCCCGCCGAGGAGAACCUUGGUCUGACCGAGUAA